UAUUUUUACCUUUUUCGUUCAUCAUUAGCACUGACGGUGUUCAAUUUUGCAGAAGUCGAAGACGAUUCAAAAAUUUUGCAACCAAUCGAUGAAGCUCUUUUUUUCAGCAAAUUUCCUAGAUCGUCUAGGCUUCAAGUUCCGCCUGAAGCUGAGAAACUUAAGCGAAUGACGAAAGCUGCAGAAGAUGAGAAUCAAAAAUCAGAAGUGAGAGCGAUCAAGAAUGAAGAUAGUAGUUUGAAAUCCGUUAAAGAAAAACGAUUGCAAAAGCCUGUUGCCGGAGUUUCAAAGAAUCUUGAUUUAUCAGUACAAGAAUCCAUAAAAGAACAAAGUUUGCAAACGAGGAAUAAAGUAGGCAUUAAUAAUAAAGGAGAGCCUUUCGAGAAAAAAAAUUCAAAAGAUUUGAAAAGAAGUGUUUGCCAUUCUCCUAAUAAAUACGCCACUGGAGUCAGCCCUAAGAAACAAUGUUUGGAUUAUGAAGUGUUGAAUAAUACUUCUAUGAGUUCUACACGUAAGAAAACAGGCAGUCUACCUUGGGUCGAUAAAUAUAAGCCAACAAGUUUGCAACAUUUAGUUGGCCAAAAUGGCGAAAAAUCGCCAAUGAAUAAAUUGCUUGCUUGGUUGCGCGGUUGGUACCAUCUCCACAUUGGUGAAGGAGCUAGUGUGAAAAAAGCACGGCCUCCUCCGUGGUUAAGUCAAUCUGAUGGUUCGUCGUUCAAAGCCGUGCUUUUAAGUGGAGUACCUGGCGUUGGGAAAACUACGUGUGCAAUAAUGGCCUGCAAGGAAUUGAAUCUUGAAUAUGUUGAAAUGAACGCAUCAGAAGUGCGAAACAAAAAAAAUUUAGAGGCGACUGUGGCCGAAUUAAUUGGAUGUCGUCAGAUGGAUGAAUUUUUCGGUAAGAAACAUCAGUCAAUUAUUGAUAAUGAUGCUGUAGGCCUAACUCAUGUUUUGAUUAUGGACGAAGUGGACGGUAUGAGUGGAAAUGAGGAUCGAGCAGGGAUAGCUGAGCUCAUACAAAUGAUUAAAACGACGCGUAUUCCAAUUAUUUGCAUUUGUAAUGAUCGACAGUCGCAAAAAAUGCAAACAUUUUAUGCACGAAUGUUGACAAUCGCUUGUCAGGAAAAAUUUGCGGUGUCAAAAGAAUUAUUGGAUGAUAUUAUUGAGGCAUCGAACCAUGACGUUCGGCAGACCAUUUAUAAUUUGCAAUUGCUAAGUUAUGGAGGGAAAAAUGUGCAGUCAAAGGAUUGUGCUGUGAAUGUUUUUGAAGCUGCUCGUCGAUUGCUUAGUGCAGAAACCUCCUUAAUCGAUAAACAACGAAUGUUUUUCACUGAUUAUACACUCAUGCCAUUAUUUGUACAAGAGAACUAUCCUAAUAUUGGUUCUUCUAAAACAAGCAAAUAUGAGGCACUGGAAAAUUUGCGUAGAGCAGCUGACUGCAUCUCAUUAGGUGAUAUAGUUGACAAGUCAAUUCGCAGUGCAGGGACCUGGAGUCUUCUUAAUGAGCUAUCGAUGUUUUCAUCGGCAUUACCGGCGGCAUAUAUGAAUGGUCACUUGAAGGUAAUGAUAAAUUUCCCUUCUUGGUUGGGCAAAACUAGUUCUACUAACAAACGUUUCCGGCUACUACGGCAGCUAUCAUCUCAUUGUUAUUCCAAGAUACCAAAUGGUCACUCCUCUCUAAAUGUUGAUUAUAUAUCGUUUUUAAGAGAUCGCAUUUGUUGGCCGUUGGUAGAUAAUAAAGUUGAUGGCAUCAGUAGUGUUAUUGCUACAUAUAACUACUAUAAUCUUCUGAAAAUUGACGCGGAAGCGAUUGUUGAGUUAGCUGCUUGGCCUGGUAUGAAAGAUCCUGCUUCAAAAAUAGAGCCUAAGGCAUUUUCUGCUUUUUUAAAAAUUUUUUCCUUUAAAUUUUAUAAUCUUUUAAUUUCCCUUUUAUAUUCUUUAAAAAACGAAAUGGCUCUCGAUGAAGAAGGAAAUGUGGUGGAUCUUGGUAAUUCAAGUGACGAUUCAGUUGUUGAGAAUGAUGAAAAUGAAGAAAUCGCUGCGCCAUUGAAAGCAGUAGUGAGUAAAGGAAAGAGUUAG